AUGGCGAUGCAAAGCCUGCUCCGAGUUCACAGGGAAGUGCAGGACGUGAACGAUGAUUUCCAUUCUCUCAGAACAAUUUUAAGAGAGACCGACCACAAGGCAAAAUGGGACUUCAUCAUGUUCCCCAACGACGGCGCCCUUUCACACCUCCCAUUAAUCGGAGAGCUCGUCAUACCCGAGCGAUACCCUCAGGAGCCGCCUGUCCUGCAUUUGUUCACUCGAACUCUACGAUGGAACGUUGAUGUCUACCAGUCACGUAUCCGCGACGACACACACAGCACAAUGUGCUUCGAUAUCCUUAGAAGCAAGGCGAAUGGAGGAACCUGGAAUUCCGAAUACACAAUCACCUGUCUCUUUGCGAGUCUGAUGCAGGCCCUGGUGACGCCCAUGGUUCCCCAAGACCAUGGGCCUGAUAAGCCGGAGUUCGUAACCAUGGGCAGACUUGAGGAGGUGAAGCAACAUGUGGAAAAGACGUACCGUGCACAUAAGGAUCACAUUCCACAUUUGCCCAUCAUACCGACGAUCCCAGCCGUACCCAUCCCUGCAAACGCUCUUACUUUCACCGCGCUCGGGGCGGAAGAAGUGCUUAAAUCUCUCGAUUUUGAGAGUGAGAACAAAUACAUCAGCCAGGCCAUUUACCUCCAAGAUUAUGAGCAGCCUCAGUUCUGGUCGACACUCUUGGAUCUCAGGAACCUGCAUCCCGGCGUUGUAUUCUCGGCAAUUCUCUCAAACAAGCCAGGCGCAGAUCUGGUAGGCAAGAAAAAGAACACAAUCCUGCUUCGAAACGGAGUCACUGGAACUGCAGCCAAGAAGCGGGCAGAUCAAGCGUUGGUAUGGUUUUACCACGGAAAGCCGUUGAAUGAUCAAAACUUGUCCCUCUCCAUCACUAUCACCAAUGACCAAUUCACCAUGGCAUACAAGACAGAAGGUUCGGAGAAGUUUUGGGUUCAUGGCGACACUCCAAUCUCCAAGCUUGGUGAAGCUCAGAUUGGCGACGUGAAGGGCAUUCCAUUCUAUCUGACAAUCUAUUUGAAACGCAAGUCUGGACACGAAGGUUUCAUCAGUGUCCUCGACCAAAACGAAACGGGCUACAUCCAUGCGAAUUUGACUACACUGGCCGUUCACCAGCCUACAAGCCGUCCACCCAAGUCUGUCAGGUUGAACCUUGGGUGUGAGCAGACUACCCGUCUCCAGGGCGUUAUUGAUUUCUAUGGUUUUGGUCUAGACUUCAAGGUGCAAAGAAGCCUUACGAAGCCCGCGCAUCUGACGUUGGUCUCCGCCGACGACUUACCUGUGGAAGCAUACACCAAUAUCAUCAAGGAAGUGUAUACCCCGCUGCUCGACAAGGCAGUCGAGGUUGAGAUCACAGCCAUUGCAGCCGACGAAGAUUGUGUGGUUCUGCUUGCGAAUACCCCUGGCUGUUACGAGAAGGGCGAAAAGGACAAGGAGAAGAGCGGAGGAGAAGGAGAACCGACCUUCCCAAAGGACAAACCGCUACAUGUCACAAUGCGGUUGCGGAAUGAUUCCAUCAUGGCCGAUUAUCCUGCGACAUUUGCUCAACAAGUGGUGGAGGACCAUACAAGAGACUGGGUACAUGUCGGCGACACAUAUGUGCAACUGCCCCAGCCGAUUAAGAUUAAAUGCGACCUGAAGUUUGAAGUUUGA